AUGGUGGAGCAGAAAAACAACAACAGCAACGCCGCCGACGACAAUCUCAUGUUUGUGGUGGAGCCGAAUCCCGACACCGGACCCCACAAGCUAUAUGCACUCUCAAUUGAAAGCAAAUCGCUCGAACAUAUUCACCCCAAUCGCCCCAAUUUCUCUCAGCUUAAUAGCAGCGCCGGCUAUGAAUUUCUCGGCGGCUGCGACCAAUGGGUGGUGUUGAGCUCCGACGAUGAACUCCUGUGGAAUCCCACCACCGGCGAGGUCAGGCCAAUUCCUCAAUUUCAGGUGAAACCUCGCUUGCCCGUACAUUCCUCUCAGAAAUUCACUUUGAGUUUCUUAAUCAUAGGCAUGCAUAUUUAUCGAAACUUGUCCGAUGGUUAUAAGUUUGUUUAA